AAAGAAACUCGGCGCAUUGUACUCCCCUAGUUUGGGAAUGGUUUGGUCCGAUGGCUGACUGUCUCUCUGUGAGGGGGAAGCGAUCGACUGCGCAGGUGCAGAGCUGUCACUUCCGCUAUCGGGAGAUACCGGAGCGAUGUCUGCCACACUUCGCCCGUACCUCAACACAGUCCGCGCCACUUUACAGGCGGCGAUGUGUCUGGAAAACUUCUCAUCGCAGGUGGUGGAAAGACAUAACAAACCCGAAGUGGAAGUAAGGAGUAGUAAAGAGCUGCUCUUACAGCCGGUGGUCAUCAGCAGGAACGAGAAGGAGAAAGUGUUGAUCGAGGGAUCCAUCAACUCUGUGCGUGUCAGCAUCGCAGUCAAACAGGCCGAUGAAAUUGAAAAGAUUUUAUGUCACAAGUUCAUGCGCUUCAUGAUGAUGAGAGCGGAAAACUUCUUUAUCCUGCGCCGAAAGCCUGUAGAGGGAUACGACAUCAGCUUCCUGAUCACAAACUUCCACACGGAGCAAAUGUACAAACACAAGCUGGUCGACUUUGUGAUUCAUUUUAUGGAGGAGAUCGACAAGGAGAUCAGUGAAAUGAAGCUGUCAGUCAACGCUAGAGCCCGUAUUGUAGCUGAGGAAUUCCUUAAGAAUUUUUAAAGAACGUUUUUGGACAGUGGAUGUGACUCCCUCAUUUUGCUCCUGGAUCUCUGCAUCACCGCCCAGCGUGGCUGGGGUUAAAGGGUGGAGGGAGGGGGCUUGCAUUUAGUUGCAGAAUUAAGGAAACGGUGAAUGUCUGUCAGGUAGACCUCAGGGGGAAAUGUACAUGGCAAUUACCUUCAUUCCAGAUUCCCCCACAGGAUGGGACAGAAUAUUUUUAUUGUUAUUUUGAGAGAAAAUUUAUGUGCUUGUCUGAACUUUGUAAUCUUUUUUUUCUUUUGUUUCCUCCAUUUUUAUUAUUGCUUUAGAUUUCCUUUUUUCUUUAUGCAGUUUCUACAAAGAAGGUCCGCAAAGUGAUUUUCAAUAAGUGCCCAAAACUGGAACCUUCAGUGGCACUGAAGGGGUUACUCUCGAGUGCAUUAUCAGCUCCCUCUCUCUCUGUCUUUUUUCUCUUUCCAUUCCCCUGUCCCCUUAAAUGAUUUUGUUUUUUGGGGGAAACAAAGUCGACCAAGGAUUGAGUGCACAAUACACAGCCUGGAGCAUGUAUUGUAAGCUGCAGGCAUUCUUCCUGCCCAAGUCAAGCCUGUCAGCAAGACAGUUCACGGUUUUUAUGGACAACACAUAUACAUUUAUAUAUAAAUAAAUAAAUAUAUAUAUGUGUAUAUGGCAGCCAUCUUAUUCACAGGUACUGUAACUAAGGCGUACCGCCCCGGCCUCAUCACAGUUGUUAAAAGGGAGAUCUUGUACCCGCAGCUUUCUCACUUAAGGAAGCCUUUUGUCUAUAUUUGCACUCCAUAAGGACUAUUUGACAAAAUAUACGGUUUAUCUUUCUACAGUGUAAAUUGUAAGAGCACUGAUCCCCUCCCCCUGCAUCAGGAGAAUUGGCAAUCUUUAAAAGCAAAAUGAAAAAAAAUUAUUCUGUAUCUUUCUGCUUUUUUUGCACUUAAUGUAGAUUUUUCUUAUUCAAAAAUAAAGCCUUUUUGUCCUGUC